UGAUGUACUUUGUUCUCACACUAUUUUCUAAAAUGGUUCAAAAGGCUCAGGCCUAUACAAAUCACACUGCACGCUACAAUAAGGUUAACAGUUGCUCUCCUCAACUGCCAAAAAAUGACAGAAAGCACUGAACCUGGGGGAAAUGGCAAAAACUGGGAAAGUCACCAAACUUCCAAAAAUGGCAAAUAUUACGGAAUUAUGCGAUGAAGUUUCCAGUUAAUAACCAGAGACCUGAGCCACCUGCGGCAGAUACAUACAACAACUCUUCUGGCAGAAUGGUGCUGCUGGGAAAGAAGAUGGAGGACUGGCUGAGAUUCUCUGUGUGUUACUGGCACUCCUUCUGUGGAACAGGUUCUGAUCCGUUUGGGUUCUCAACCCUGCUGAGGCCUUGGAAUGAUGGUGGAACCCCCAUGGACAUGGCCAAGAAGAGGCUACAUGCUGCUUUUGAGUUCUUCACCAAAUUAGGUGUGAAAUACUACACCUUUCAUGACAGGGAUAUGGCCCCAGAAGGGAGAACUCUGGAAGAGUCCAACAGGAAUCUAGAUGAAAUCACUGACUUGGCUCUUCAGCUUCAGAAAGAAAUGGGGGUCAAAGUGCUGUGGGUCACCUGCAACCUCUUCGCCCACCCAAGGUACAUGAAUGGAGCUUCUACAAACCCCGAUUUCCAUGUGUUGGCCUUUGCUGCAGCCCAGGUUAAGAAAGGUCUGGAGAUAGCCAAGAAGCUUGGAGCAGAGAACUUUGUUUUCUGGGGUGGCAGGGAGGGUUUCCUGUCUCUGCUCAACACCGAUGUAGCAGCCGAACUGAAGCACAUGGCAAACUUUUUCAGAAUGGCCGUGGCGUACAAAGAGAAGAUCGGCUUGAAAUGCCAGUUUCUCAUCGAACCCAAGCCCAAAGAGCCAUGCAAACAUCAGUAUGAUUAUGACGCCAUGAGUGUCAUAGGGUUUCUGAAACACUUUGGACUGGACGGCCACUUCAAGCUGAACAUCGAGCCCAACCACACAACUCUGGCUGGCCAUUCCUACGAGCAUGACAUUGUCAUGGCCUCAGCGUUUGGCAUGCUGGGCUCUGUAGACUCCAACACGGGGUCCCCUGAUCUGGGCUGGGACACUGACCAGUUCCCCAUGGACAUCCGAAACACCACCGUGGUGAUGAAGACUGUUAUUGAACAAGGUGGCCUGCAGCUUGGAGGCCUGAACUUUGAUGCCAAGGUGCGCCGAGAGUCCACAGACCUGGAAGACCUGUUCAUUGCCCACAUCGGAGCCAUGGACGCCUUUGCACGUGGCCUGCGAAAUGCCGUCAGGAUCAUUGAGGAAGGAGUGCUGAACAAGAUGGUGAAGGAGCGCUACAGGUCGUUCAGCAGUGGCCUCGGUAAGAUGCUGGAGGAUGGAAGUUCUUCUUUGGAAGAAAUGGAGGAGUUCAUCAAACAACAUGGGGAUCCAAAAGUUACCUCAGGGAAGCAAGAGAAAUAUGAGUCCAUCUUUAACCACUACUUGUGAAGCCUGAGGCGGAGGAUCCUCUUUAUAUGGAAUUGUUUUUCAGUAACUAGAGUGAGAAUAACCCUAGUAAAUUUUGCCUCAUAAUUAGGCUCUGUAGUGCUUCUUUUGCAUUAUUAUCAGCCAUGCUCAAGGGGCUUUUGAGUUCACUUUUCAGUCAGUGAAUUGCUCAAUAGUUUUAAAAUGAGGAUUGUUAAUUUUUUUUUUUUAAAUUUAAUUAGGUAUUACUGCCAUUAGCUUGUUUAUUUGCAGCAUUAUUUAGCACCAUAGUCACAGUUAUAGCAGACUGUAUUUUUUAGUAAAUUGCAUGAAUUAAUUUUUUUCAAAAAUAUUUUGAAGUUCUGCUGCAAAUAAGUAAGUAAAUAAUAAAAAUAAAAAAACUGGAGAAAGCUUUAGGACAUCUUAGUGACUGUUUACAUUUUGUUACAGUAAUAUUACUAAAUGUACCGUAUUUAACUGGUGGAAAUUUGCAUUUUUCUAUUGUGAGGGGCAAUUAAAAAUGCCUCCAAGAUAAAAAUGUAUUUGGUAAAGAGAAAUGUACAGUUUUCUUAUGAUGACCGUGUUUAAAUGUUUUCCCUUGGUGAAAACUAAUAGUCUAUCCCAAUUCAGGGAUAUUCAUGUUGGUUUAUGGGUGUGAUUGUGAAAUCAGCUAUGAAGGUGUUAAUGUGUAAUCAGACUAAAUUGUAAAUGUAAAUGCGAUUAAAAAUUCUCAUGCGAAUAAA